CAUUUUCUAUUACAAAUGGGAUUUGUCAUUGCAAAAAGUGACACAUCUUUGUUUACCUUUAAGCAUGGUGAUGAUAUGGCUUACCUAUUACUUUAUGUUGAUGAUAUUAUUUUAUGCACAUCAUCUGAUGCUUUGCGUGACAGAUUGAUCUAUCAUUUGAAAACAGAAUUCCCGAUGUCUGAUUUGGGGCCCUUGAAUUAUUUUUUGGGAAUUUCAGUCUCUCGUACUCCUUCUUAUAUGCUUCUCUCUCAGCAAAAGUACGCACAGGAAAUUUUGGAACGUGCAUGCAUGGGGACUUGUAAGCCUGUUGACACUAAUGCAAAGCUUAGUGCAGAUUCAGGUCCUCCUGUGGCGGACCUAACUCAGUACCGCAGUCUGGCAGGUGCUCUACAGUACCUUACAUUUACUCGCCCUGACAUUGCAUAUGCGGUGCAACAAGUGUGUCUUUUUAUGCAUGAUCCACGAGAGCCUCAUUUGUAUGCAUUAAAGCGCAUCUUACGUUAUAUUCAGGGCACCAUUGAUCACGGAUUACACUUAUAUCCUACAUCUACUUUGCGCUUGAUUACAUAUAGUGAUGUAGAUUGGGGUGGGUGUCCUGACACUCGUCGUUCGACUUCAGGAUAUUGUUGUUUCUUAGGUGACAAUCUUAUUUCUUGGUCUUCUAAGCGUCAGCCUACUCUUUCUAGAUCAAGGGCAAAGGCAGAAUAUAGAGGCGUCGCAAACGUCGUUGCAGAGGCGUGUUGGCUACAUAACCUUCUUCUAGAGUUACAUUGCCCUCUACGUCAGGCCACUAUUGUUUAUUGUGAUAAUGCCAGUGCUAUUUAUUUAUCCAACAACCCUGUUCAACAUCAGCGCACCAAACAUGUGGAGAUGGACAUCCAUUUUGUUCGUGAGAAAGUGGCGCUGGGUCAGGUAUGGGUGUUGCACGUUCCUUCGCGGUAUCAGUUUGCAGACAUUUUCACUAAGGGCCUUCCUCGACAAUUGUUUUUGGAUUUCAGAUCCAGUCUUAGCGUACGACCUCCUCCCGCUACGACUGCGGGGGUGUGAUAGAGAUAAAAAUCUACUAGGAUUUAAUCUCUUAGGAUAUUUGAUGUAUAUUAGACUUCUAGUCAUAUUAGUGUUCCUAAUCCUAUUAGGAAUCAUAUUGUAAUCCCUAUAUAUUUGAUCAAUGGAAUACACUCCAAUUCACGGAGUUUCACAAUAU